AUGGGGUUUGGGUCGAAGGUCACUGGUGUGACGCUGUCACGAGAGCAGAUGGCAUGGGCCGUGGAGCACAACGCUCACCCCAACAUCGAGUACCGCUUCCAGGACUACCGCGAGGUCACCGGGGAGUUCGAUCGCAUCUACUCGGUGGGCAUGUUUGAGCACGUGGGUCGGAACUCUUACAAUCACUUCUUCGACAAGUGCUACGAGCUGCUCGCGGAUGAUGGCAUCAUGUUGAUCCACACCAUGGGCUGGGCGCGCCGGGGUCCUUGGAACCACAACGCCUUCGUGAACAAGUACAUCUUCCCAGGUGGUGAGAUGCCCACCAUGUCUCACAUGACCAUGGAGUACUCGGACAGAUGGCACAUGGAGGAUUGGCACAGCUUCGGGAAGAGCUAUGUCAUGACACUGCGAUGCUGGCUGGAGCGCAUCAGGGACUGGAAGGCGGAUUCUGGAGUGAAACACUGA